AUGCAUGCAAAUCUGGUUAAAAAACUCAGCAAUUUGGAGUUGAAUGCAUAUGAGCUGCUUCAGUACAAUUAUCACCCGGACAAACAGCGUGCAGAUGCGCCAGUGGAAGAACUUGAGGAGUGCGUACAGAGGUUCAUCGAAGUUGAUCAGGCGUGGAAAAUACUAGGGAAUGAAGAGACAAAGAGAGAGUAUGACCUGCAGCGACGUGAUCUCUCACCUGAAUGUGCAGCUUUAUAUCAACCCACCCACCAUGAGCAAACAAGACACCAAGAAUUCUCAAAAAAGCAGUCAGUGCAGGUACUUAGCAACUUCAUCUCGCUACUUUCUCCAGAGGACUUGCAUGUUGGUAAUCAGGCGCUAACAUCUCGGGCAUCACAAUAGCCAUGGACAUUGAUGCUGAACAUGUGCCAGCCUCUAAGAUCCCUCAUGGCAUAUUUCCAAUCCACUUACAGCAAGCUUCUUCACCUCAAUGCUGCACCUCUGGGUGCAAUGUCAACCAUCAUUGUAACGCUGCAACAAGGACACUUUGCUUUUAGGGGAAAUUAUUCUAUUAAGUUCAUGGCAAGAAUAAUCUGUAAAUCAUGUAUGUUGGCAUACGAUUUAAAAAUGAGUAAAUACUUUACUUUGAGAUAAAUAUGCACAGAACCUGUUUAAGUAUAAAUAAUCCAAUUAAAAACUAAUGAGAUAAAAUACAAUUAUGUGCUGAUAUGUUCCUAUCAUAUUCUAAUUGCUUCAAAUGAGUUGUUGACCUGUUUUAGAAUAAAUUGGUCAAUUUGAAUAAA